CUUCAACACGAUAGAUUUGAUGCUGAUGUGGCUCAGAAUGGCUCCUGCUCUUCAUCUGAUCUUUCUGCUCAUCAUUCACAGGUUUUUUGCUGCUAAUUGUGAUGUGACAUAUAGUACUUUGUACAUCUGUGCACUACAGAACUCAACAAUGACAAUCAUCUGUAAUUAUACAUACCCUGAUGGAUUGAAGGUCAUGAAAGCCUUCUGGAACAUAGACCAAGUAUAUUAUGAAGGAGACUUUGCAGAUCUGUCUACAAACUCUGAAUACAGUCAGAGGCUUCAAUAUCUGGGAGAUAAACAGGAGAACUGCACCGUCAGACUGAGUCAUGUGACAAAGAAAGAUGAACAUGUGUAUUAUUUCAGAUUUGUUACUAAUGUAGAAGGACAAAAAUGGAUUGGCAUUCCAGGAGUGCGUCUCUCUGUCACAGAUCUUCAGCUGGAGUCUCCUGAGAGAGUGACAGAGGGAGAUUCAGUCCGUCUGACAUGUAAAAGCAGCUGUAAACUGACUGACACACCAACAUUCAUCUGGUACAGAAACUCACACAUAUUGACUAAUAUUGGAGAUGAACUCAACAUCAGGUCAGUCAGUAGAAGAGAAGCAGGACACUACAGCUGUGGUGUGCAGGGACAAACGUACAUCUCUCCUGCUGUUUAUCUCAAUGUCACAUAUGCUCCAGAUACUCCUGUGAUCUCCAUCAGUGGAUCUGCUGUAAUAAUGGAGGGGGAUUCAGUGACUCUGAGCUGCAGCAGCGACUCAAACCCUCCUGCACAAAUCAGCUGGUUUAAAGGAGAAACAUCUGUAGGAUCUGGAAGAAUCUUCAACAUCUCCAAGAUCAGCUCUGAUGACAGUGGAGAAUACAAGUGUAGUGCCAGAAAUGACCAUGGAGAGAAAAUCUCUGAUCCUGUGACUUUAGAUGUCCAGUAUCCACCCAAGAGCAUCUCAGUGUCCAUCAGUGGAUCUGCUGUAAUAAUGUCUGGAGAUUCACUUUUUUCUGAUUCAGUGAGUCUGAUGUGCAUCAGUGACUCAAACCCUCCUGCUCUGAGCUUCAGCUGGUUUAAGGAGAAUCAAAGCUCAGCUGUUGGAUCUGGACAGAGUUUCAGUGCAGUACAGAGUGGACGCUUCUACUGUGAGGCUCACAAUCCACAUGGAGCUCAGAGAUCAGACGCCGUCACUGUCACUGUUCAGCAACAUGCUGUGAGAAACAUCGUCAUCACAGCGACAUCUGGGGGAUUAUUCAUCAUCGUCGUCAUCAUCAUGUUUGCAAUACUUUCUAAAAGGAGGAGCAGAAGAUCUGCAGUGAAAUCUGAUAGGCAGAAGAUCUGCAAUGAGUCUGCGACAUAUGCAGGUCUGGAUCUCCAGACUGUGACCUCUAACCUGUACGACACACUCACAACCGUUCACCACAGACCUGCUGAAAACUCCUGCUCCACUCUUGAUCCUCAGAGCUCUUCUGAACAUCACAAUCCACCAAUCAACAGGAGGAGGCUGCAGUGAGAGGCGGAGCCAGAAAUAACCAAUCCUGAGCUGUGUGGGCGGAGCCACAGGUGAUUGGCAGGGAU